AUGGCGCACGCUGAUGCGAGAUCCGUGGUCGAUGGAGAGGUCGACUCUCAGCUCGAACAUCUCCGCUUCAUCAAUGACGAGAUUCAUUCAAACCCAGAGUUGGCCUACGAGGAACAUAAGGCCCACGACACCUUCGUCAAGCUCCUGAACAAGCUUGGCUACACCGUUGUUCCACGCGCAUUCGGCCUCGAGACGGCCUUCUCAGCCGAAUACGGCUCAGGCGGGAGACUCGUCAUCUUCAACGCCGAAUAUGACGCCCUGCCGGGAAUCGGCCACGCCUGCGGGCACAACCUGAUCUCCUCCUCCAGCCUGGCCGCCUUCCUCGGCACAGCCGCCGCACUGCGGGACUCCAAGUCCCCAGGGCGAGUCCGGCUGCUCGGCACGCCGGCGGAGGAAGGCGGCGGCGGCAAGCUGAAGCUGAUCGAGGCGGGCGCGUACAAAGACUGCGCCGCCAGCCUGAUGGUCCACCCGGGCCCGGGCUACCGGCUCACCUCCCCGGUCCGCGGCGUCUCGUACGUGCCGAUGCUCGCCAACAUCAAGAAGGUGGUCCACUUCACCGGCAGGGAGUCACACGCCGCCAUGGCGCCCUGGGAGGGCGCCAACGCCCUCGACGCAGUGUGCCUCUCGUACAACGCCAUCGCCAUGCUGCGGCAGCAGAUCCGGCCGUCCGAGCGCAUCCACGGCGUCUUCCGGCGGGCGGGCGACAGGCCCAACGUCAUCCCCGCGCACUGCACCGUCGAGUACUACGUGCGCAGCGACACCAGGGUGCACGCGGAGGCGCUGUGGCUGCGGGUGCUGCGGUGCUUCGAGGGGGCGGCGCAUGCGACGGGCUGCGGAUACGAGGUCGAGACGCUCAACUCGUACGCCGACGUGAGGGCGAGCAGGAGGCUGUGCGAGGCGUACGUGGAGGCUAUGCCUUCGGGCACCGUCCACCCUAGCGAGCCGAGCGAUUUCCUUGCUGGCAGCACGGAUAUGGGUGAUGUCUGCUAUGAGUGCCCGGGGUUCCACGGGGCGUUUGGGAUAAAUACCAGGGUGGGUGAGGGGAACCACACGAAGGGCUUUGCCGCUGCGGCCGGGACACAGGAGUCGUUUGACAGGGCUGUGGAGUGUGGGAAGGGGAUGGCUCUCGUUGGGUGGAGGAUUUUGAGUGAUGACGUUUUCGCCAAUGAUGUCCUUAAGCAAUGGAAAGAGGACAUGAAGAACGCAGCCGAGGGCAACUGA